GUGUGUUUUGUAAAUCUGCAAUCAUACCCUUUCUAUACAAGACUACCUAUGCUUGGAACAAACAUCAUAUUGCUAACCGACCAAAACAAUAUAACCCGCAAAAACAUCAGUCAAUACCAGAAAAUAUAUUGAGACUCGACCUCGCUGUGCCGUCGACUGUCAACAAAGACAGAGGACCUAGGUGGUAGACACGCAAAAGUGUUUAUUUGAAAAAAAGUAAAGAAAAAGUGCAGGUAUACGUGAUUUUCGAUAUAUACCGUGGAGUGAGAGAGAGAGAGAGGCUCCAACCCUUUCUUUGUACUCAAUGGUUGUCAACUGUCUACUAUGAGGAAUGGUUAUUAGACCUGCUUUCCAUGCCAAGCUGUUAGAAGACACAACUUUAAAGUGUUGUUAAGAUCAAAAUAUAUUUUACUGCAUCAUCAUUAAUCUGCAAAGACAAGAAAUUAUAUCUCCAUGGAACAAGAACAAGGAGUUAUGCGAGAACACUUGGAGAGCGACAGCAGCGGCUACUUGGUUAUUGACAUGAAUUCCAGAGAAAGAAGUAGCAUUUGCAUAGAUGAAGAGAAUGCAGUGUACAUUAAGCAAGAGGAUGAUAUAGAGAUAAAGGAGGAAAAUUCAUUUGAUUUUGAGGAAAAUGAAGUUUUACAUACAGACUGGAAUCCUUUAGAUGAUGGCCAGAGUGUGACUGAAGGGUUUUCCCUCAAACACUCUCCUUUAUUGAGCAUAGUAGAUAAAACCCGCUUUUGUAAUGAAUGUGGAAAGACAUUCUGUAGUAAAAAUGCAUUGGUCAUUCACAUGAGAAUACAUUCUGGAGAGAAACCUUUCAGAUGCGAGGUGUGUGCUAAAGCUUUUUCUAGUAAUGGGCAUCUUCUACGGCACCUCAAGGUACAUACAGGAGAAAAACCAUAUACAUGUGACAUAUGUAAUGAGAAAUUUGGUCGAAAAGAAAAUGUUGUAAUACACAUGAGACGUCAUACAGGAGAAAGGCCUUAUGAUUGUGAUAUGUGUGGCCGGAAGUUUGCUCAGAAAAGUGCUCUUGUGAGCCAUAAAAAAAUGCAUACAGGAGAGAAGCCUUUCAGUUGUACAAUGUGUGAUGCAAAGUUUGCAUUUAGAGGAGGUGUAGUAACACACAUGAGGGUUCAUACAGGUGAGAAGCCUUUUGUUUGUCAGAUAUGUGAAAGGGCAGAGAAGCCUUAGUACUCAGGAGAAAGCCACACAUGUGAGAAACCUUUCAGCUGUGUGUACUGUGGUGAAAACUUUACCAAUAAGGGAAAUUUGAUAACUCAUGUUAGGGUACACACUGGAGAAAAGCCUUAUAGUUGCAAUAUCUGUGAAGUGCGUUUCUCUCAAAGAAGCAGUUUGGUUGUGCAUAUGAGAGUGCAUGCAAGAGAUGAGUUACUUUAACAUUAGAUAAGAUUUGAAGGAAAACUACAAUUUUUAAAGUUUACUUAGUAAGCCAGAUAAUGUAUCAGACAAAUGCUUUUAGUACAGUAUAAGUACAUAUUUUGAGUGUGCAUUCUGCAAGUUGUACAAUAGUUGAACUUGUGCUUGUAUAAUAUGGACAUUGUAUAUCAUGCUUUAAUAUAUUAAUUAGAUUAA